AUGGCUUCAUUCAGAUUUUGCGCCGAGUGCAAUAAUAUGUUGUAUCCAAAAGAGGAUAAAGAUAAUGCUAGACUUUUGUAUUCCUGCCGUAAUUGUGAUUAUACAGAGUUGGCCGAGAAUCCUAAGGUGUACAGACAUGAAUUGAUAACAAACAUCGGGGAAACGGCUGGUGUUGUGCAAGAUAUUGGUAGCGAUCCAACUUUACCUAGAUCUUCUAAGGAAUGCCCAGAUUGUGGUAAUAAGGACAGUGUUUUUUUCCAAUCUCAACAGAGAAGGAAAGAUACGUCGAUGAUUUUGUUCUAUGUUUGUUUGGAGUGUAAGAAGGUAUUCAGAGCGUGA